AUGCGACUGAUCAACACAAUAACUGGGGAGCUCAAAGAGUUUUUUGAAAUAUCGGCACCACGCUAUGCUAUCCUCUCACACACCUGGGGAGACGAGGAGGGGUCCUUCCAGGACAUGACUGAUCGCCCAGCCUCAUUGACCUCCAAGGCCGGUUACCUGAAGAUUGUGGGGACUUGUCGGGUAGCCCUAGAAGAGGGCUAUGAAUGGGCCUGGGUCGACAGUUGCUGCAUCGACAAGUCAAGCAGCGCCGAGCUGACAGAGAGCAUUAACUCCAUGUACCGAUGGUACCAGAGAGCUGACGUCUGCUACGUCUUCCUUUCCGACUUCACCAACGGAGACUUCGGGGGCAUCUCACGUUGUCGGUGGUUUACCCGCGGCUGGACCCUGCAGGAACUCAUUGCCCCUCGCAAUGUCGUCUUCUUCGAUAAGGAUUGGAAUAGGAUAGGCACUAAGGACGAUAUGGUUGAGUACAUCAGCAUCAUCACUGGCAUCUCGAGCGCUAUUCUCAAUCACAAGCCAUUCCCAAGCCUCAAAGACCUAGCUGUCGCGGAGAGAAUGUCGUGGGCGGCAAACCAUACGACAACACGGCCCGAAGAUCGUGCCUAUAGCCUGGUCGGCAUUUUCGACGUCAACAUGCCCCUUAUCUACGGUGAGGGCGACAAGGCCUUCGAACGACUACAGGAGGAGAUUAUCCGGCGGACUGGCGACCUCUCCAUUUUCGCGUGGGAAUUCGAUCCGCAUACAGAAGUGAGAAGGGUGUCCAGACCUUUGCCAAUCUUUGCCUCCUCUCCCGCCGAUUUUGCAUUUCUCAGGAAGAGGUUUGUCUCGUGGUCUUUUGAUCGCACUCCUUGGGACGCCACGACCGAGGUUAACAUUACCGCGCACGGUAUCCGGCUGAACUCAGCUGGCCGGCUCUUUGUGCUGCCGAGUCAAGACAGCCAGGUCUCGUCAGCGAUUAAAUCCAAAAAGCCUAGGGAAUGCUAA